UGCUGCCUGAAGAGUAACUUGGACAUUUUUAGCUUCCUUUCUUGUUCCUUUUUAUUUUUUCCUGUGUUGCCCUUGUUGACCAAUAUGGUUUUCACCACAGCUGCUGUCCUUGGUGCUACGCUGGGCACUGCGUCGGGCAUCCUCACUCUCUGUGGGCUCUCACUGAUCUGCAGGUCCUGUAAGAAAGGCAAGCCGGAAAGUGGUGAAGAUGCAGACCCAGAGAAGGCUAAACCCAGUGUUCUGCACUCCUCAGAGCAGUUCAGUGUGGUAAAAUCCACAGAGCCCAUCCAACCAAGGACAUUGUUGAAAUUUCCUAAAAUAUACAAGCCCAAACCAUCUGUGACCUCAUCUGAGGUCAUCAGAUACCCUGAUCAUGCCUCAGAGAAGGGGGGCGAGCCCUCUUCCGAGGGACCCUCGACUGAGCCUGAUGCUGGUAACCAAGCAACUGACAGCUCUGACACGUUCACGAUCCUCAGACAAGACUCAAAGGACGAAACCCCCUGGGCAAGGGAUCUAACCAAUGGGAUGACAAGAAGCAGCUCCAUCCUCCACCCGAAGCUGCAUUUCUCUCUCACCUAUUAUUCCGAGCAGAAAGAGCUACACAUCACAGUGAUAGAAGCGGAGCAUUUGAGUGUGGGGUCGGGCUGUGAGGGCUAUGUGGCCGGAGUCCUGACCUUAGCAGCAGGACAGAGGGAGGCCCAGACUUUGUCGCGACGCCUGACCAGCCACACCCGCUGGGAAGAAGGCUUGGUGUUCUCCCUGCCAGGGGGGUAUGAGGUGGAGGGCGAAGUGGCUCUCUCCCUGCACAGUUGUGACCACUUCUCCCAGAACACCAACCUGGGCGUCAUGAGGUUCAAGCUAGUUGAUGUGGGCAUGAUGUCCAACGCAGACUGCUGGGUAGAACUUCAACCACCAAAACAGGACAUCCAGUCAGCUGGAGAGCUCCUGCUGUCUAUAAGUUACCUGCCUGCAGCCAACCGGCUGGGAGUUGUGGUGAUGAAGGCUAGAGGACUACAGUCAGACAAGCUGAAGGACUCCAUAGACCUGUCUGUGAAACUGGCCCUGAAGCACCAGACUACCAAGCUGAAAAAGAAGAAGCAGACGCGACGGGUCAAGCACAAGAUGAACCCAGUGUGGAAUGAGAUGAUGAUGCUGGAGGUUCCCCGCGAGCUGCUGUCUAAAUCCAGUCUGGACUUGGAGGUGUUGAACCAAGCAGGUCCUGUUGAGCAGGAGUCCCUGGGCUGCUGCCAGCUGGGUUUACAGGCCUCUAAUACUGGCCUCCAACACUGGCAGCAGAUGCUAGACAACCCCCGUAAGCAGAUCGCCAUGUGGCACCCACUGUAUGACUAAGAUAACCACCUGUCCGCUUUGCCCUUCCAAAUACCCAAAUGGGGGGGCAAGUCAACAGCCCUCCUGGAUCAGGAUUUAGGAGCCUAAAUCUAUUUAUCCACCUAUAUGGAAAGUAUCCCAUUACCUGCAAUUAAUUAUCCCACAGCAUCCCAUGACAUAUCAACAAUAGCAUACACCAAACUGAAAUGUCACUGAAUAUCACAGAAUUUCCAAAGAAUACCAAUUAUGAACACAUUUUAUAUAUUCAAUGAAACUCAUCAAUGCAAUGUAAUACUUUGCCUACAGUACCUAUACUUAACCACCUCCAUGAUCUGUUUUUAUAGCUGAACAGAAUAAAUAUGAUAAUGCCUGUGUUUUUGUGUUAUAGGGGAUUGUGUAUAUGGUAUGUAAUGGUAUGAUAAAUAUCAGUGAAUUAUUCUACAGUAGAGCUGUCAUUUUAUUUGUAAAGUGAUGUAUUCACAUGCUUGGAAAGCAAUCGAGAAAAUGCACCUAGCAGAAACUUAAAGGCCAGCCAAUAUUGAACGGAUAGGAGAUUCAAAAGCCCUGUGUACUACUGAAAGGACAAGUAUUAGUAUUCAUAGAUAUACUGUAACAGUGAUGGAAUUACAGUGGACUACAUAUUUAAAGUUUAUCUUAUUACACAGGGUCUAAAAACAGCAGCUAAAGUUAUACACAGGAUGUAUAAAAAAAAUCAUGCAGUGUUUAAUCAAGUAAUAUACUGUAUUUGUCAUUUUUAUGAAUAUGUGCAGCUGUAUUUUAUCUUAGGAGAAUACGAGAGUUGUUAUACAUGUUAUAUUUAAAGUAGUUACAAUACAACUAUCAACUCAAUUUCACACCUGUUUCCAUUCAACCCACUUUGCUUCAGUUAUGUACAAAAGGUAUUUUUCUCCAUUGUGGUUUUACUUUUACAUAGCUUUUGUCAAGUGAACUGCUAUAGACUGCGCCAGUGAGGAACAUACUGUGUAAUUUGAAAAUGUACACACUGACACACAAAAUGUGUGAAAAUAAAAAAUAUCUUCAAAAUAUGGCAUGCCAAAAUCUGAUUCUAGCAGGGGCGGAAAUCCCGGGGGGGACGGGGGACACACGACCCCCCCAUCCUGGGAAAAAUAUGAUUUGUCCCCCCCAAUAUAUCACUGAAACAUAACUAUGUAAUUUAAAUAAUAUUAAUAAUACGCAAUGAAAGCAAUU